UUUUCAUGUGGUUUUACGUGCCUGAGCUGCCCAUGGGUGGAUCUCACUUGAGUCUGCAUUUGGGUUGGAAUCUUGUACUUUGGGAGUAUGAGGCAGAGUAAAAACGAGCUCUGUUCUGCACAAAGGAAAUGGGCGUUCUCCUUGGAAAGUUUGGAUGGAGUGACUGACUAAAUAGAGGGGGUGUGGCAAGGCUAAAAAGGAGAGGACCACCAAGAGGGGCACAGUGCUGUGGACUGGACCAGCUGCUGUGAGGUCUGAUUUUUAGGAACAAGCUCAUCUUAGAGGUGUGAAAAUGGCGUACCUGCAUAUGUUUGCGACCCUGCUGCACCUCAUCACAUUGGCCAUGCUGUUUAUUGCAACAAUGGAAAAGUCCUGGUGGGUGUGGGACGGCAUGGAGAACUCAGACCUAUGGUACAACUGUAGAUUUGACAACUUCACGGGAACCUGGUUGUGUGCGUCCUCAAAGGAAACUGACUGGCUGCAGGCUGUGAAGGCGCUGAUGGUUCUCUCAGUGGUCCUCUCCUCCGUCUCCUUCUUGGUGUUCCUGGGUCAGCUGUUCACCAUGUCAAAGGGAAGACUCUUCUACUUCACUGGGCUGUGUCAAGUCUUUGCAGGUCUGAUGGCCUUUUCGGCAGCUCUCAUUUACACUUUACACAAUAAAGAAAUCCUCCAGGACUCUAGAGAGCUGGCUUCAGGACACUUUGGCUACUGCUUUAUUUUGGCCUGGGUCUGUGUGCCAUUGUUGCUUUGUAGCGGUGUCAUUUACAUCCACCUGCGCAAGAAAGAGUGACCAGAAAGUCUUUUAAAAUAUGUUAACAACAGUAUUAGAACGCAAUAAUACACACUUGACGUUUUGUCAAUCAAAGCUGUUAAUUUUGCAAAUGUUAUGCUAUGUGUUUUUCUCAGGCUUAAUGUUGACGUGAUUGUAUUUUUUGUUUUGUAAAUAUGUGUUCUUUUGAACAAUUGUCAGAAAUUUUAAUUCCUGAAGCAAUUAAUAAGCAACUUCUGCCUUGACCAAAGAUGACUCCAUUUUAUGGCUACUUUCACCGAUGCAGGGGUUUGAAGGCAUGCGUUUUUAAUUUUUUAUUUUUAUUGUUUGAAUGUGUUUAUAUCUAAAGCUCAGAUGCAGAAUAUAUUUAGCAGCCACACAUAAAUGGCACACUCAUAAUGUGGAACAAUAAAGAAAGAAUUGUUUAA